UCCCACUCGUGUUGUCUGGUGAAGUGUGUGACUUGCAGUCUCCUAGUUGGGACCAGUCGUUCUUACCUUCUUUAAUUGGUCUCCUUGCACUUCACUCAUUUGUGCAAGAAAUUCCAACAACGGUCUUUACAUUCACUCCUGCAGGACCAGAGGUCACAGCCUUGCCUGGGCGGUUAUCGGAGGGCAUCAGCGGUCGAUAAGGGGGACUUCCUAACUUCGGCAUCCAGAGUGAAUCGGAAGGCUGGAUGAACGAUACUUCGGAGAGAUCGGUCGCUCCUCGACACCUCCACUUCUCAACAUCUCACCACCACAAUCCUCGAUAGACCGACAAGAUGGGGAGACCAAGAGCUCAUCGCCCGCAUGUCAAGCGGCCUUCGCCUCUGCAGCAAGUCCACAGCACGAGACCUCUCUCGCAAGCUCCUGAGCCCGAGGCUGCUCCCCCGGCGGUUGGGUUGGUCAGAGAUCCGCACUUCUGGAAGAGAUUCUCGACUGCAGUACACAUGUCAGAAGUUACCGGGGAUGUGGAGCAAGGCUUGCAGAAGAGCGAAAAGACCAGCGUUGGUACGAAGGACGAAUGGCUUGCACAACAGCACAGAGAGAAGAGACACUGUCGGGUUUUAUGUGCGAGCAUCACAAGCGUUGUCGUUCUGCUCGUCAUCGCGGCAGCAAUUGUGGGAUGGUACUUCACGAAGGUCAGGAAGAUAUGAGAGACACCACGGUGGACGAAAGCACGAUAACGAAGGAUGGAGUAAUGACCGCCUGGACGAGUGCCAUCGAAUCAACAAACCUGGCAAGUUAGGAGCAAGAACCUAUGUGUAGACUCUUUACCGGCGAAGAAAUCGCUGAGGAAAUAUUCUCCAACCUUUGGGGGAAAACCCAAAAUGUGUAUUGAUGAUCAGA